AGCGUCUAGCUAGCUAUUAGCUGGCACAAUCGCCACAGCAUAUAAACUAGUAUUAAGAUGCAGGAAAAAUAUAAUACAGAAUAAUAAAGACCCAUUUGGAGCCGAGUCUGCCUGGUGGGUUCUGUUUGCUGGGCACAUAAGCUAAGCCGGAGUUGAUUCGGGAGUAGCUUGCUAACAACAAACGUUAGCAUGCACUGGAGGUGGAUGCUGCACUGAAACUGACAGCAGUAGAACUGACAACACACAACAUCGUGAGGCUGAGGCAACAGUGUCACCAUGUAUUCAAGCCCCAACAUAAAGCCCAGCUGCAACAGCAGCAGCAUCACUGAACUACUGGGUGCCCUGUGUGAAUGCAGCCUCUCUGGGGUGUCAUGGAAGCGCCGUGCCCUGGGAGGAGUCUCCAGAGAGAGUUUCCGCAGAGCUCUAAAGAAGCGUGCCUAUGGUGCCCUGCUUUCUAAGCUAUUUCAAGAUGGCACCAAAGCGUCUGCCUCAGGGCCAAGUGCCAUGGCUAAUACACCACCCAGAAACAAAGUCCUGAUGAUAUGUUUUGACUUGCGGGUGGCAGGGUGCCGAGAGGAAGCAGAAAGGCUGGAAGAGCAGCUGGAGAAGCUGACAGAGGGAGCAUCUUCUGGUCUGAAGGAGGUAGACUCAGUCCUGGAGCUCCUGGUGCAUCUAGCUGGCUCUGCACCUCCACCCCCGACCUCUUUCAGCAGGGACUACAUGAGACGAGAUAGGCCUGUGCUGCGCCGGCCUCAACCCUGGAGCUACCAGAGUGAGGAGCUGCAGAGGCUAGAGGCGCGGGCAUGGGGACUAGUGUGCGGGGAGGAAUGGGGGACUUUGGAGAGUCUGUGUGGAACUCAAAGAUUGAUGGAUGGCCCUCCAGGCACAGGGCUACUCACUCUGAGGACUAAAAUGGAUGUGGAAGAAAGAUUUGAGAAGGAGACCAGGCUGACACUGUUUGGAGCACUGCAGCACACUCGUACCUCAGACAUAGACAUAAGACUGGACCUGCCUCCUGUUCCUAGUAAUAUUGAUGUAACUGGGCUGGCUAUCAGGGUCCCUAACUCUUUAGAUCAGUCUGAGGAUGAGGGUUUCCAGUCAUCGUCCAAUCUGACCCCAGACUCUCAGUCAGAGCCCAGCCCCAGUCCAGAGCUUGAUUUAUGGGAGGCCCUCCGGACGUUUGAGCCUGGAAAGCGGCGCUGCUGGGAGUCUGUUGGAUGCCCACCAGGGAAAAGAGAGUCUCUCUAUCUAACAGAAGGAGGCAGGGAGGCAUUUGACAAGCUUUAUCAACUAUGGGAGGGGGAGAUUAGGGUGGUCAGCACUUGUACACCCUCUCCUGUCCUCCCACUGCCCCUAGACUCUCAGACACAACUAGUCUCUGACCUCCUCAACAUGUUGAUCGGAGUGGCAUCCACGACCUUCCCUCUCAACCAGAGUGUUCAGUUUGAUGUCAGACCUGGUGUUUGCGUGUCAGGAGCCUCUGCAGAGAGUGUGUCUCGUCUCUUGGGAGAGCUGGCCCAAUAUGGCACCUACUACUUGAGGCUUAGUCGCUUUUCUUUACAGAAUGCUGACAAGAAGGGUCUGGUCUUCCAGGCUUUUACAGGUGGUCUGAGGAAGUACCUGCAUUACUACAGAGCUUGUGUUCUCAGCACGCCACAUACCCUCAGCCUCCUGACUAUCGGCUUCCUCCUCCGCAAAGUGGGCCGGCAGCUCAGGUACCUGUCAGAACUCUGCUGUGUAGAUGGGCCUCUGGGUGCAGGCCAGGCUACCUUCCCUGUGGGUGUUAAAUUGCUGUCCUACCUGUACAACGAAGCACAGAAUAACUGCAGCAACGAGAACUAUCCGGUCCUGCUGUCGCUGCUGAAGAGCAGCUGUGAACCCUAUACACGGUUUGUGUCUGACUGGGUGUAUAGCGGUGUUUUUCGGGAUGUUUAUGGAGAAUUCAUGAUACAAGUAAAUGAAGAUUACCUCAGCUUCAGAGACAAACACUUCUGGGUUCAAGGCUACACUCUACACACAAAAGAUGUGGAGGAUUGUGUGCCCAUCUUCCUGAGACACAUCGCCAAUGACGUGUAUGUCUGCGGAAAGACCAUCAACCUCCUCAAAAUCUGCUGCCCACAGCACUACAUCUGUUGGUCGGAGCUGCCGAUGCCUCGCAUUGCUGUCACCUUCUCUCUGCAGGAGGUGGAGGAGAUUGAGAGGGACUGUGCAGUGUACCGUGGACGCAUGGAGAGGAUUGCUAAGCAUAGCGCCAUCAGCAGGGAGGAGCAAGCCCUGAGAACAGAGCAGGCACGCCAGGAGCUGAUCAAUCAGGUCAGAGAGUCAGCAGCCAAAACCCUGGAGAGCAUCCGCGGGCGCCAGGUGUCACAACGUCUGGCUGAGGAGGCCAAGAAGAGGGAGCGUUUUGACGAGCUGAAGCAGCACCUGGAGCAGGAGCAAGAGUGGCGAAGUGCAGCCAAGAAGAAGCAGGAGGAGGAUGACUUCAGCUUUGCCAGAGAGCUGAGGGACAGAGAGAAGAGACUACAAGCCCUGGAAGAGCAACUGGAACAGAGAGCCAGGAAGGAGCUGAUCGCUCAGUACAGCCAUCUGUCAGAGGAAGCAGCUCGCAGAGAGAGACGGGCCAUGUGGAGGGUGCAGCGAAUGAGACUGGAUGAUGCUCGUGCUCAGUUCUUCAAACAUGACAUGCAGCAGAUGCAGGCAAUAUUAGAGAAAUACCCCUGUGGCCAGAAGAGACCUCCCAUUGACAUAUUGCCAACACAACAGGCUGCACUACAAUCAACAGCGGAAACUCUCAUUCAGGGGUCGUCUGAACAGCAGCCAGCGGAGACUCAAGAAUGUGAAGCUGCAUCACCACCACAUGACCCGUCUUCCCCUACCCUCAACCCCCUUGCUGUAGACCCCGCAUUAAUUUCUGAAGACAUUGACAUCAACGACUUCCUCGCCAAGUCACCGAAUCCUGACAGUCAGCACAUGGACGCAGCCCUACAAGAGAUUGGCUCUGACCUACCUGAGGCCUGUCUGUCAACACAGCUUGUAGACUAUGACUUCAGUGCCCCCUUUAGUCCACUUGAAGGUAUCACUGGUCAAGCCUCAGUUCAGCCCAGACCACGCUGGGGACUUGCAGUUCAGCCUGACUUGAUCCAAAACCAUCCGUCUUUUUCUCACAUCCCCAUUGGAGAGAAUAUGUCUCAAAUCCAGGAGAGUUUCCCAAAGGCCAGCCUCUUUGGUCAAGCUUCCAAAUCCAGCUUUUCUCUAGGCCAGUACAUCCCAGACGAACCCCAAAAAACAUUGAAAGCCAGUGUUAAUGGACAGCCCUCUCAAGCCUCAGUUCCAGUAGUAGACGGGAGUGGCUCGAAGACAGAAACAGGGAUUUUGGAGAGUAAAGUAGAGGCAAAUAUGGAUAAGAAUAAACCUGCUGAGCCUAUAAAAGAACAUGUUCCUUCUACCACACCAGAGCAAGGCGACAUGGGUGAUGGUGCUCACAAAGUAGUGACAGAUCUUUCUGACGGUGGUGGGGUUGAAACACUAAUGGUAAACACUCAAGACCACAACUUAGAUGCUCAAGCUAAAGUUGAGAUUGUUUCUUCAUCCAUUAAUGUUGGACAGUAUGUACCAGAGGCACCACUACCAACCUCUAACAUCCACGAUCACGUGUCAGAUUCACACAUCAAGAUUGGAGAAUAUGUUUCAGAAGUUGAUGCUCCUCUACCUUCCACCAGUGUUCACGGUCACUCGUCUGAUGCUCACAUUAAAGUUGGAGAAAACGUUUCAGAAUUUGUUGCUCCUCUUCCAACUCAGAAUGUCCAUGGUCAUGCCUCAGAUUCCCACAUUAAAAUUGGUGAAAAUGUUUCAGAUAUUGUUGCCCUUCUACCCUCCCCCAGCAUUCAUGGUCACACAUCAGAUGCCCACAUCAAAGUAGGGGAAAAUGUUUCCGAUGUUGUUGUACAACUUCCUGUUCCCAGUAUCCACGGUCACUCCUCUGAUGCUAAUAUAAAACUGGGCGAGUUUGUGUCCAACAUACCUGAAGCAAAACUUCGCUGGAGUAAGCAUGGGCAUGCCUCAGAUUGCAUUCUUCAACUAGGGUGUGUGGUGUCAGGAACUGAACCAGCUUUGGCCCCUUUACCUGGAAGCUCUUAUGGUCAUUCCUCAGACUCUAAGUUAGGUGUUGGAUGUGUGGUUUCAGGACAGGAAUUGAAGCAUUCUCCUCUUCCCGGCAGCACCCAUGGCCAUUCCUCAGACUCAAGUUUAGGCGUUGGAUGUGUAGUGUCCAAAACCGAUCUACUUCCAUCACCGCUACCAGGCAGCAUCUACGGCCACUCUUCUGAUUCAACACUGGGGGUGGGAUGUGUGGUGUUGGGGAUGGAGCCACAACAAACUGCGCUGCUAGGCGGCGGUUACGGCCACUCAUCAGAUUCUUCACUUGGAGUUGGAUGUGUGGUGAAGGGGAUAAGCAAAGGAGAUCAACAUAAAACAGAGGACAGUGAAGCAAGUAAAGGUCCCAAGUCCGAGAGCACUGGUGAGCAGCUAGUUGAGGCCACAGGGUCCUGGGCAGCUGGCUUUGGUUUGUCCCCUGGAGAAAAGUCAGAGCAGGAGUAUCUAUAUGCUUUGUCUUGCCAGUACCAGGUGGAACACUAUGAAGACUGCUACAACCUUAUGGCUUCGUCUCCAGAGUGUCAGCUGCUGAAGCAGGUAACUCGUGGCCCCUGGGGCCUUCCUAUGGACCCCACACUGCGCAGACCCACAGACACCACUGCUGUCCAGCUCAGCGAGAUGGUUUCACUGCCAGUUCUGAUAAAAAACUCUGUCACUACGCCGCUCAUCACACAUGUAUCCUUGGUGAAUAAGGCAGUGGUGGACUACUUCUUUGUGGAGCUAGGGGUGGAAAGACACUUUGAGGCACUGCGCCACUUCCUGCUGAUGGAGGAUGGCGAGUUCGCACAGUCCCUCAGCGAUCUAUUGUUUGAAAAGCUGGGCAGUGGCCAGACUCCCGGUGAGCUGCUGACCCCUCUGGUCCUGAACUCCAUCCUCAGUAAAGCCCUGCAGUACAGCUUACAUGGGGACACCCCCUUGGCUGGCAACUUCACCUUCGCCCUGCGCUUCCUGCCAGAGACUUUCCAUCCUCACGCCCCCGAUUCUCUCAACUGUCUGGAGCUACGAUACAAGGUGGACUGGCCGUUGAACAUCAUCAUCACAGACAGCUGCAUGAACAAGUACAACCGUCUGUUCUCGUUCCUGUUGCAACUCAAACACAUGGUGUGGAGCCUCCGUGAUGUCUGGUUCCACCUCAAGAGAACAGCGCUGGUGAAAGGUGCAGGUCGCUCGGUGCAGUUCCAUCAGCUGCAGCUCUACCGGCACGAGAUGCAGCACUUUGUCAAGGUAAUACAGGGAUACAUCGCCAAUCAGAUCCUGCAAGUGUCCUGGAGUGAAUUCACAGCCAAGCUUGCGACCGCCAGCGACCUGGAUGCCAUCCACCGAACACACGCAGACUACCUCAACAGAGCCAUCUUCAGGGGUUUGCUGACAGAGAAAGCGGCUCCGGUCAUGAACAUCAUCCACAGCAUCUUCAGCCUGAUCCUGAAGUUCCGUGCCCAGCUGAUCGCACAGCCCUGGGACAGCCAUCAGGGGGAGGCAGUGCACCCCAGCUUCAUUGCCAUGCAGCAGUCGUACAAUACCUUCAAGUAUUACUCUCACUUCCUUUUCAAAGUGGUGACCAAGCUGGUGAACAGAGGCUACCAGCCUCAUUUAGAGGAUUUCCUUCUUCGCAUCAACUUCAACAACUACUACAAAGACUCCUGAGCUGCUGUGUGUAGUGUGUGUGAGCUAAGUGUCAUGAUUUCCCAGGUGUCCCAUGAACCAUAGUAUAUCACCUUUAUGUGUUUACAAGGCAGGAGGCAGAUGGUCAGACAUACAUAAUAAUAAACCAGUCUACAUGUCAAUGUCCAAAAUCCAUUUCAAACUCCACCUGUGCUUUAUUUAGGGGAUGUCAUCUUGCAUCAGUGUGCAGGAUAUAAACUACAGCUGUGGUCUUGGUUCAAGAGACUCUGCCUCUAAAAUUGUAUGCUGCCAAAGUUCGUGAUUGAGAUGAAGCCAAUGCCUGAAGUUAUGUCUCCCAUGCUCAGGUGUGCCUCCAACCAUGUAGAUUUUAAGCGCUAGCCCAUGGGUUGCAUAAAAAUGAAGUGUUAAAUAUCUGUAAAUAUAAGAGGAAGAUGCUUUGCUUAA